CUCAAGUGAUGGAGCUCCUAAUUCUGCUGUGCUGUUUCAUUGUCGGUCUCUCAGGCAAACCAAUCGUCGUUGGCAAACUCGGACGGAUAAGCGGGCGGAUUCAGAGAGUUCUCGAUGUAGACAUCGAGUUCUUCCUCGGAAUACCGUACGCUGAGCCGCCUGUGGGUGAGCACCGAUUCGCGCUGCCGAGAGCGUUUGGAGCCGUCGGCGAAGUCGAAGCCACCGAAUAUGGACCAUCCUGUCUUCAGCCCAGCUCGGGGCCGCUAGCACCGGAGAACAGGAAACUCAGCGAGGAUUGUUUACGUUUGAAUGUUUUUCGGAGACAGGGUACGAAUGUGAACGACAAAAAAGCUGUGAUCGUGACCCUCCACGGCGGCGGCUUCGUAGCCGGAUCUUCAUCUGAUCCUCUGCAGAAUACGGCCGCUCUCGCAGGAUUAGGAGAUGUGGUCGUGGUCAGUCUGAAUUAUCGGCUCGGAAUUCUCGGUUUCGCUGAUAUGAAGGAGUUCGCCCCGGGCAACUUGGGCCUGCGCGAUCAGCGCUUGGCCCUGGAGUGGGUUCAGGAUUAUAUAGCGGAUUUCGGUGGAGAUCCUGGACGGGUCACGGUUAUGGGAGUGAGCGCGGGGUCCAUGUCGAUAGCAGCUCAGAUCAUCACGCCAAUCGACGAGAGGAAUCUAUUCAGCUCCGUCGUUAUGGACGCUGGAGUCGUGGCGAGCAACGGCUUCCAUGAGGAUUCUGAUAGUAGUUACUCGAGACUCACGAAGAUUGCGGAACAAGUCGGCUGUCCCUUGCAUUCCUUGGAAAUGGUGGAUUGUCUCCGGAAAAUCGAAGCAGAACGUCUGAUUGCCUUUUCGUUGAAUACAACCGGCGAUAACGGGAUUUCGUAUUUCGUGGCGACACUAGACGGAGACUUCAUUCCUCGCGAGGUCGAGGACUACGUCCGGGAGAAUUCAUCCAAUCUUCGAAAGGUUCGAACCAUCAUUGGGUACGCGAGAGAUGAAGGCUCUUUUUUCGUCAGCAGCAAAUUCAUGGCGAAAGAUCAUCCGAACCCGGAGUCGACAGACGAAGUCAUGGCCUACAUGGAGCUGCUCUCUCAAAACUACGACUAUCCGCUGAACUUUGGGGAAGAGAAGACUAGAGAACUUUUGAGCCGUCUGUACAUCGAGAGGCAUCCGAAUGAUUCUCUCGCAGCCAUCGCCUCCUUACAGUCCGAUGGAAUUUUCAAAUGCUCAAUCAAUAAUUUCAUUCGAAGCUAUACUCAAUACAACGAGGAAGUUUACGUGUAUCAGUUCGAACGGGAACUCAAAUCUGUUUACGCGAAGAUUCUCGAUCCCAACAUCCUCGGAGCUUUCCAUCUAUCGCCCUUCUUGCAUUUUUGCGGAUCUCUAUUCUUGGGGCCUGAGCCUCUUCAUCCGGAUGAUCGAACUUUCAUCCUCGAAUCGAUUGACCUGAUCUCGAGGUUCGCAAAAGCAGUCGAACCAAUCGAAUUCAGGGGAUUGAAAUGGCCACGCUUCGCAGAAUCUGAGGAAGUUCUCUACUUACAUGAAACCCCGUGGGUGAGAGAUGGACUCCCGAGUGAACACAAUUGUCGAGCGUUGUUUCAAUCGUCGAACAACGCGCUACCGAAGAAAAGCAGCAACAUAAAACUGAGAACCGAACUGUAA